AUAUCUGUACGUUGUCUAAUAAACAUCUCUGCGUCAAGAGUAUAUUUUUGGAGUUAGUCACGGAAGGAAAAGAAACUAAAAAUGACUUGACAUGGAAGGUUCAAUUUUGGACUAUGAAUCUGAGUUUUCUGCUCUUGGAGCAGGGAAACUUGGAGAAUAUGAUAAUGAACUAAUUGAAGCCCCAGAAGAUGAAGAAGACAAUGAUCUCCGAAAUGAUGAAACUUUUGGACUUUCUGAUGAUGCAUAUGAAUGGCAGGAAGACCAUAAUCCAUUACAGGCAGGUUUUCCGCUUAAUAACAGACCAAUUGAAAAUCAGGGUCUUGAAAAAUCAUCUAAGUUGUCUCAGGAGAUCACCCCCAAAGCAUUCCUAGAUGAGAAUUUCGAGGAUGUCUUCCGAAUACAGGAGGAGUUUCUGGAAGAAAGUAUUUACAAUCUUGUGGUUGAUGAUGAUGAAGAGGAGGAUGAGAGGCUUGAUUUGUCUGAGAAGAGAUUUAGUGGCAAUACAUCAGUCUCCAAUUCAAGUUAUGCUAAAGAUGUACCAAAAAAACCUAUUAAUCUUAAUCAUUUGUUUGGUCCAUCAUCUCCUCCUGGACUUUUGGAUACUGAGCACUUGGUAUCACCAAACAGCCACAGUAUUUGGUGGUCUCCUCCAGCAGAGAUUUUGCAGCCUGGUAACACACAGCCCAAGCCAAAUCCACCUGAUAGUCUUCAGUCUUUCUUUAAUUUUGCCAAAUCAACUGGGCAAACUAGCCUUCAGAAUUCAAAACAAAUGAUGCAGUCAUCUCGCAGCAUAACAAGACCUCAUACACUGGCAGAAGUGGAAAAGAAACUUUUCUCAAACGCUAAUGUUGUAACUGCAGAAGAAUUGGAAAGGCAUAUGAGAGGAGAUGUUCCUACAUCAAGUAACCAAAAUUUGGAUCAUGUGUCUCCAUUUUCAAUGGCUGCGCCCAUUCCUCCUGUUGGUUCAGCGCCUUCAUCGUUUACAUCUCAGGUGUUUAAUAAUGCACAUGAUACAAACAAAAUGUCCGGAAGCUUAAAUUCGAUGCCAACUAUUGCUUCUAUGAAUGGCAGGGGUUCACCAUGUUUACCGCCUGGAAUCCUUCCCUCACAGCAUCUGUUACAAAAUGGUGGACCAUCAUCACAACUCUUGCAAGGAAUGCAAGCACGACUUAGCAAUGGUCAUGGCCCAUCGCCUAUGCCUGGAAUGCAUCUUGGUAUGAAUAGGAAUUCAACACCAACUGGUCACAACCAGCCAUCUCAGGCAGCAAUUGAUGCCCUUACAAAACAAAGGUUACCUUAUCCCUGCAAUUCGCUCAUUGGAAACCUUGCAAGGAAUCAUCCUGUGCCCAGAUUUCCACCAAAUUUGAUAUACCCUCCAAAUUUAAUGAGAAUAGUUGGCUCAUCAGUUCCUAAUAUUAAUGGACAAAGAAUUCCUCAUCCAAAUGACAAUGUCAGGAUUCACAGACCACCUCAUCAAAUGCGUCAAUUUAAUAACCAAAACAAAAAUAAUUAUCAGCAGCAGCGAGGACGCGAUAAUUAUCGGGAACGUUUAGACACACGGCAUCCUAUUGAUGAAUAUGCUGGGAUUAUGACACAGAAGGAAAAAGAAUGGGUUAUUAAAAUUCAGCUUUUGCAGUUACACACAGAUAAUCCUUAUGUUGACGAUUAUUAUUAUGUACGCUACACUUUAAGGAAAUCAGCUGAAGAGAGGAAGAAAAAGAACAAAGAAAAUAAGGAUGAACCAAAACUUAUUAUUCCAGCACUUGCUAAAAUUGAAACAAAAGCUUAUACUCCAGCACAUUUUGAAGGAUCUUUAGGAAGAGUUUCCACAUCAAGUGUCCACAAUCCUCGACAGGUUAUCGACUUAGUUUCAAUGGCACACAAUGAUGAGCAAGGUGGAAAAUCAUCAGGAAGAGAUGUAUACAGAUAUCGACAAAUGUUAAUGGAAAUUGAAAAAGCAUAUGUUAUUUUGUUGGACAUUGACGACCUGGAGAAACGUGUUUUGGCCUUACCAGAAGAAUCAAGAAAAAAAUUAUAUGAAGACCGUACUGAGAAGAUAAAUCAGCUCUUUUUAAAUCUGGGAACUCAAGAUAAUCAUGCAGACAGUUUUCUCUAUAUGAUGUCCAUCAGGAAAGGAAGGAAACUUGUGGCUCGGUGUCUUCCUAUAUUUAAUUCGGAACAUUCAAAAGCUGUUCUGGUUACAAUAAUGAAAAAUUUGCCACAUUUUAUUAAAAGAGAUCAACCAGAGGAGGGUCUAAUGGUUUUAAGUGAGACUGUGACUCAACAAAUUAGUGUUUGUAAUUUGAAAGCAGUUGUAGAACUAAGUCAGUUGUUGUUAAAAGAUACUCCAAGUCUUUCCAAUAAGUCAUUGGUUCUUGCCCUACAAAACAAGUUUGCUUGUUCUGUGAUUAGUAGCCUUCUUAACAGAGCAGAAAUGCUUUUCCUCCCAUCUUCAAAUGUUGAAAUUGAUAACCAACUCCGAAGUGCAUGGUCCCAAUUUGCUCAAACUUUUGUUGAGACGUUGAACUCUAUGGAAAUGUCAUCAAUUGCUAAACCCUUUUUUCAGAAUUCCAACUUAAACUUCAGCUCAAUAAAAAAACCAGUGUAUUUAGAGGAUUAGCCAUAGCUGUUUAAAGAUGCCAUGAUUCUAUUGGGGAUUCAUAAACAAAAGCAUUUAUCAUUUAGUCUUGAAUUAGUCAACUGAAAGCAACCAUGAAUAUUAAUAUCUCUCAAAAUGUUCCGUCCUUCCAACUUUAAUGUUAUUGCUGUAAAUCGAUGGUAACAGCCCUGAGCAAAGGCAUCUGAGGAUCGAUAGCCAAGAAUAUCUUGUUGGAAGGAAUUCUUUACUCUGAAGUUUUUGUGUGUGUGUGCGUGGGGUCAUUUUUUCUUUUUUUCUUUUUUCGUUUUUAGUUAAAAAUUAUCUACUGUGAAAAUAUUUAAGAGAAUUUGUAAUAGUUUGAGGAGAAACUUCAGAUGUAUAUGUGUAUAAAUAAAAGUGAUCAGUCUUUAGAAAUAUCUCAUUUAAAGAUAAAGGGAAUUCAUAACUUUAUUUUCCUGAGUGUGUAUGUAUACGUAUGCAUGUGUGUUUCUGUGUGCAUGCAGAUUCUUAAAUGUUUCUCAGGGUUUCCUUUUUUAUUUAUUUAUUCCAUACUAGAGCAACAUUCUGCUGUGUUGAAGAUGAAUUAUUACAUUUAAGGUUUUAUAGCUUUCUUAAGUUCUGUAGCAAGUUUAUUCAACCUAUGAAACUUUAUUAAAAAAAAUUGAUUUUUAAGAACUUUUGCAUUGCUUAACUUGGUGACUCUUAAAUGCAUUUAUGAAGUUUCAGUACUGUAGAUUUCUUGAGUCUUAGAAGAAGAAAAAAAAACUCAUUUUCUAACCUCAGACUUUCUUUCCUUACUUUUUACAAAAAACGUUUUUUUUUUUAACCCAGUUUUCUUCUCCCAAUAUCUUUUGUAUCUUGGCGGGGGUCACUUCUGAUGAGAAAAUUCCAGUUAUUAAGCUCUAUUUAGUAUGGCUUUGUUUGUUAUAAAUUUACUUUUAGUUUUGAUCUUUGUUUACACUCUCCAGUUGUAACAUUUACAAUCGCAUUUUGUAUUGUAGUAGAUGAAGCUUCCAUUAUUUCUCUGGUCCUUUUAAUAUCAGGCCAAUAUAUAAACACAGUUGUUGUUUACAAUUCCAUGAAUUCUUUAUAUUCAAUAACAGGGCAAAGUCGUGGGAAAAUAUCUUAAACUAUUCCUGAGGUGAUAGAUAAUUAUAGGGUAUUAUUUUGUUAAUAUCCAUUUACAUAGUUAAAAUCCUGUCAAUAUUGACUUAGCCUUUCAUCCAUGUUUCAGUGUUGUUAAAAUACUUGUCUAAAACUGGGAUAGAUUCAACCAACCACUCUCCAUUCCCUGAAUUUGUGGCUCAGUGCCAAAGCUAUAAUCAGAAGUUAUUUUAUAACAUUGAUAGAAUAAACCAAGGUACUUUUUUUUUUUUUUUUUUUUUUUUUUUUAAAUAUCUGAGAAUUAAAGAUUACAAACAAAAUAUAUACUUUAGAUUCACACAUAUAAACAUUACAAAUGUUUAUGAAAUGGAAUGAUAAUAUAUUUCUGCAUACAAGAUGUAUGUUGAAUAAUUCAAAUUUUCUAAAAUGUAACAUUUUUAAAAAUAUUUAUUAUAAGUUAAAAUAAGGUUCAGAAACCAAUGAAAUUUUUUGUCAUUUCUUGUGUCUUUUCAUGAACCUUAUUUUCUCAGCAGACUUUUUUCUUCUUUCAAGAACUCUUUGCUAAUACAAUACAAAGAGUAAAAAGAUAAAUUUUUGUUGAGUGGGUGUAUGAAGUGAGAAAUUUUCAAACCACCAAUGACCUGAUUUUUCAAUUUUCAUUCAGCUUCUCAUAUUUAAUGUCUUUUGGAAUCAAAGCUUCAGCUCCCUAAUUCCAUCCUCUUGUUACAUUGUUGAGGCUUUGUGCUUAAUUAAAAAAAAUCUUUAUACACAACUUAAGUAACAGCUAAUUACAUGAAGUUUCAAUAAAACUGUUUCAGAAAUGAGUUGCUGGUAUGACUGCAUUUCUAUUCCUAUUUUGGCUCACUUCUUACAGAUUCCCAUAUAUCAUUUAUUACAAUUAUGAAACUUUAUGCUUGCUUAUGAAAUUAUUUUUAGGGAGGUGGAGUAUGUACUAAAAAGUAAAAAGACCUAGAUGAUAUGAUGCACAUAAUUUCAUGUGUGACGUUUGUGCCCAACUACUGUUGGUGUUGAUUUCACCCUUCAUUCUUCAAGAAUUGAAAGUACCAAAGUAUAAUAGGUUUGGAUUAUUCAAUUUUAAUCUUACUGAUUUAGAAAAUUAUAUUUCAAAUGCUUUUAUGCAUUCAGCUGUUGAUUUCAAAUGUUAUUUAUUUUGUUGAAUAGUUUUGUUGGAUUAACAAAAGUUCUGAGAUAUCUCAUUGAUUAAAGCACAACAAUUAUUAAUGAGACAUGCAUCUUAAUAAGCAUAUCUUGCUAUUGAUCUUAAUCAGUUUUUCUAGCAUCAACAAUUAAUGUUGCGAGUUGAAACCCAGCAUUUUCUGUGAGUGUAUAUUUACUCACAAAAUAGUUUGUGAGUAUGAGAAUGUUGAGUUGGUGCAAAUGUUUGAGUAUUAAUCUAGAUACUUUAUAACAUGUUUAAUGUUUCACUGAGCUGUAGUCCGGCUGGGAGGUAACUUCAUUUUAAAUUCUAGCAGUAAAUGUUUUGAGGUUUAUUUGACCCUGAACCAUUAUAUCUUACAUAAAGGGAUUUGUAUCUAAACAGGAGAUUGUCAGUCUAAAUCAAUUAUGCUUUGCAUAUGCUCUUGUUAAUAUCCAUUUUCUUUCCCUUAAUCUUGGGUUACAUUUUUAAGAAUCCAAUACUAAUUAGGAAUAUUGUGAAACUGACCAUCUCUACCCAAAUGAAUGAAUAUUUGCUAAAAACAGUGACAAAUUGCCUUACAUAAUUAUAUAUUCAUUUCAUAAAAUAUCUGGGUUGUGUUAAAUUUUGUUUAUUAAAACGUGCAUCUGCUGCAUGACAAAACAUUUUUAAAUGCAGUUUCAUCAUUUUACUUCUAAAGUUUUAAAGCAAGCUUCCAAAGCUGUAUUAAAUAUUUCAUUAACCAUAUACAUUGCAGGGUAAAGGGAAAAAAAACAAAGCAAAUAUGUAUAUAGAAGAUUAAAAUGUUGGCCUAUAUUAAGGUAUGAAGACAUAAAAAACUUACUGUUAAACAAUUUUUGAACAAUUCUUAAACUGUAGUGAAAGAAAUUAGGACUAUUUUCAUUUGCAUUUGAUAUGUUACAUACAAUCUUUCAACUGCUUAAUCUCAAGUCUUUAACUUGCUUCUGCUAGACUCUAGACCAUAGUCUCAUAUGUAUCAGUAAAAAUUUAGGAAUAUAUAAAUUAUUCCUCUUUAUACUUAACUGGUAAACCAUAUUGGUCUUUAGCCUAGCAGAUUAAGGUAUUGAUGUUCUCCUCUCCAGUUCAAUUCUUGGUGAUGGCAACACUAGAUAUAUUCUUGAAAAAAAACCCCAAAAGACUAGAGAUUGAGGAGUUUGAAAGUCUGUACAUAUAUAUAUUUAAAAAUAAAAAUUGAAUGCUCAAGUAAAUAUUCCUCUUAUUUUAUUAACUUUAAGUGAAAGAAAUUAUAACAAUUAUAUUUUUUAAAAUGUCAUUCAGGCUACAGUGGAGCAGCAAAUGUCUCUGACCUUCUCGGGCCUUUGUAGACAGGGAGAUAACAAUAAGGUUAAUAAACUAUGUUCACUGUGCAUUCUGACAGAUAAUUGAACAGGAAAACAUGUAGAGGGAAUGAAUUCAAGAAAAUUGGGCAAAAUAUUUCAUUUGGUGGAAAGAGCAGUGUUAAUUCCAUUUUUUUUUAACCAUCUAAAACACCAUUUUAAAACAUUUAUUGAUCUACUCAUAAAAAAAGUAUAAAAAAUAGUUUGUGGCAGAUAUUUGAUUGAUGUCACAUUUUUCCUCGAGUUACAAAAAACAAAUCAAUAUCAAUUAAAGCUCAAUUUCUAAACUGAACAUAUAGAAAUUAGUUUUUUCUAAUUUUCUGGGAGCUUAAGAUUUCUGUCAACAUCUAACAGUUUACUUAAUAUUUCUAUAGAGCAAGAAACAUUUUAUCCUAGACAUUGAGACAUACAGUCUCACAGCAGAAAAUGAAAUUUUGAAAUGGUUUCUGAAUUGUAAUAAGCCAUCCAUUUUUCUCUCUAUAAAUAUUCUUCACCUCCCUAUUCCUGCACUCGUAUUUAAUGUUUGGAGAUACUAAUAAAAACAAUACUCUCGAACAACUUAUAGGACAGGGGCAUGAAAUUGUGUGUGCAUACAAUAUACAUGAAUAUAUGUAAACAAGCCUGUUUAAAUGUUAAAAUUUUUAUGCAUGAUUAAGUCGAUGCAGUAAAAUGUAUGCUCUUACUCUUUUAGCAUAUAUAUAUAUAUAUAAGAUAUGCUAAAAAUACACACUGUAAUGUUUACACUUUACAUUCUUGUGGAUGUCAACUUCUGAUAUUCCUAUUCUGAACAGUGCUUCUUUUCUUCAGUUACAUUUUCUAAAAUUCAUACUUGUAAAUUAAAACACAUAUACAUACAUACGGUAUGGUUCUUUAUUGAAAGUACAUUAUAACUAUUCAGCUUAGUGUUGAAUUAAGUAAUCAUCAAACCUAAAACCUUCUGAAUUCAACUUUUUAUACAUGAUUUCUGAGAUUUAAGAAGUCUAAAGGAAAAAAAAUAUAUGCUGUUAAAAGUAAAAUCCUCUAUGAAAUCAUCUAAAUAAUAUUACCAAAACUAUAAGAAAACUAGCGUGCAUAUUUGAAUAAUAUAAACAUGAUGCAAAAAUUACAACUUACUAGAAUUAUCUAAUUCCAUCGAUUAUCUAAUUGAUUCCAAUGUUUUAUUAAAUGAAAGUUGUAUAUCUCACUAAAGACUACAAAGACCAUUUUGCUUCUAACCCCAAAUAUAGUUAACUUUAAAUCAUGGGACAAAACCUUAAUACUAUUAGAAAAGCAGUCAACCUUAAAAAUUGGGACAAUACCAACUGUUAUUAGUUGGUUUAUUAUUAGUAAAAAUUACUCUAGAUUUAUCCAAUUUGAUAUUGUUGAUUUUUAUUCCUUUCUAUCUAAAUCUUUCUCCAUCAGAUCUGUAGAAUUCACUAAUGAUAUAUAAAUGAUAAUGAAAUUGUUUGCUGGGAAAUAUCCACUGUUUAGCAAAGAUUCUGUCUGGAUUUUAAAAACUCAGAUCUAAUGGUUCUUUCAUUGUAAGUAUGGGGUCAUAUGAUUGUGCUGACUUGUGUGUUGUUGAAGGACUACCAAGUAUGAAAAUUGUAUAAACUUUGGUCUAAAGAUGGAUUGGCUAUAUCCCUAUAUGCCAAUGGAUACUCUUCAGAUGUAAUAGAACCUCAUUAAUGCCAUCAUAAAUUUGGCUUCUCAAUGGCUAUUUAAUAGAAAUUAAAUAUAAAUUCUUUUUGUUGUUACCCUCAGUGUGGUCUGAAACUUUUAUAAAAUGUUGCCAUUCUGGAUAAGUAUCUACUGAAAGUCUGGAAUUUAUUACCACCAUGGACUGACUGGCCUUCCAUAUUCAUUCAUUCUUCACAUCAUACCCAUAAAUCAAGCUGACCUUGCUACUUUUAUUUUGAUAUCCUUGAGUACUAGUUAGGUUUAGUUUAACAUACACAUUCAUUUGUGGUUCUGUGAAACAAGUAAUUUAAAUGUUGAGUUGUACCUCCUUUUAAUAUUUGUCCUCAGCAUGCACCUGGUGAAUCAUUAUUUACUUCAAAUACUUCAUUGUUGACCAGUGUAAAUUAUCUUGAUUAAUUCCUAUGAAACUCAGUUAAAAUGGAUUUUCUAUAAGGGACUGUCAUUUUAUUUUACUCACAUAUUUUAUUUUUGUUUGAGUAAUUAAUCUUGUAUAGUGCUUGUAGCUACGUCUGUACCUUGAUUUUAUACUACUAUCUAGUAAUUUGAUUUUCAUUGGACAUUCAUAAUUGUUGAAGCAAAAGCUUUUAUUGGUACUAACAAGAAACCAUGGAAUAGAAAUAGCUGUAAGCACUAUAUAAUGCACAGACACUAAACACUUUGUGAGUGCAUAUUGAGCACUUAACUGUUUUCAUGGAAAAACUCACCAUGUUGUAUGUGUUAUAUAUAUAUAUAUGAAAUCUCAUUUAUAGUUUAUUUAAAAGAUCAAACCCUUACAUUUCAUGAAUUUUCAAUACAACCUUGGAGUACAUUUUUAACUUCUAUGAAAUUCUGAAAAAAUUAAACUGCAAAAUCAUUUGAUUACAGAUAAUCACUGAUACUGUUACUAAUAAACCAGUGGAUUAAAGUUUUUUCCUUGGUUUCAAAUUGUGAAAAAAAAUACAUGAUAUAAUUUACCUUUGCUUAUGAACUACUCCAAAUUAUCUCAUUCUCUUAACAAAAUAUUUGAUUCACAAAUUCUUUAAUUCUUGAAAAUUGAAACUUUAUGAAUGAAUUUAUCAAAUAACAAUGUAUUGUAAAUCAUUAGAAUUACUUUAAAGUGAUAAAUAUAAAAUUAUAUAUCAGAUGUGACCAGGAAAGGGAGAGCUCAAACAGUAUGAAAUGGUUGUAAAUUAUAUAUAUAUGCUUUUUUUUUUUUUUUUUUUUUUUUCUAAAAGAAAAUUACUUACAAUUUGUAUAUUUCCACAAUAUAUAAACUCUAUUGCUUUACAAAAUAUUUGAAAUGAAGAUUGUAAGAUACUACUGUAUUUUUAAAAUUUUAUCAAAUGUAAUAUUUUUAUUUUAUUACUUAACUGAAAAGAAUAUAUAUAUAUAUUAUCUCAAGUAAAACUUUGAUUUUGAAUGAUUGUAAGAAGAAUGAAUUUAAUUUCAUUUUGUUUAUAAUUUACUUUUUUUUUCCCCCCUUCAUUGAUAAAUUUGGAGUAACAUGAAAAUAUUUCUUCUUUCCAUUUUGCCUGUAUAAAAUUAGGGUUUCAGACAAUGAAUUGGUUUGGAAAUUUUAGAUUCAAAAUGUUAAUGUAAUUUUUUUUUUUUCCCACCCCCAACAUUUAUUUCAAAUGGGGAUUCCAGCUAUUUUUUUUUAAUGCCCACAUUUACAUGUGAUAAAUUUAAUAUUAUUAUUGUUCCUUUCAUUAUUAAAACCUUAAAUGAUAAUCCCUUAAUAAAGUUCAUUGCUAUCAUCACCUUAAUAUUUUUAUGCAAAAGAAAGUUUUUGUUAAAUAUACAAUUGCCUAUGGGGUGACAUAUGUUAAGCCCAAAUGGAGAUUUUUGCUUCAAUUUUCACAGUUAAGCAAAAAAAUUCAUUUUAAAACAUGGACAGUAUAUCAUAAGAUUUUUUUACAUCCUUCUCACUUUCCAAGAAAUUAAAUGUUUGAAUACUUUGUUUGCUGUUUUGUACAGGUCAUUGGAAAGUAGUUUUACAAUUAUGUUAACUCCUCAUUCUGUUUUUUUUUUUUUUUUUUUUUGUAAACGUAUGUUAUUUGUUAGUGGCAAAAUAGAUGGGGUUUUUUUUGUUUUUUUUUUCUUUUGGCAAAUUUUAGUUUAUUGGUGCUAUAGAUAAUUGUGUGACCCUUAGUAUUUCAAAUUUUAAGCUUCUGGAGAAAAUUUAUAUUGAAAAAUUGCUUUAUGAAUAAAUGGAUUGUUAUAAAUGCUGAUUUUAUAAAAUUCCUAUAAAUUUAAUGUCCUGUCAUACCUUAAGAUAUUUUGUGGGUCUCAACAGUUGUUUUUAGUGAAAUUUAGAAUUGGUUAUAAUUUUGUUAGCUUUAACAUUUCAUUUAAUAGAGCAGCUUUAUUGGUUGGUUUAUUCAUACACUAAAUCCCAUUUGUUUUACCUUGAAAAUGCCUUAGUAUAAAAAAUAAAUGUCCAGUCUCAUUUAAUUUGAAACUAUUAUUUAAUCAUUAAUAUAAAAGGCAUAUAGUAGUUGAUUUAUUUUUAUUGUUGCAAAAGGGAAAUGGAUGUGAAAAUUUUUUUUUUUAAAUGUCCACAAAAAUUCUAAUCAGUGCUUUGUCUCCUCAAAGUAUUACUAUUGGUUAUGUAAUUUUAUUUCUUAGGGAAAUGCUAUUUUAAAAUUAUGUUCUGAAAUUUUUUCUUGUCACAAAAAAAAAAACUGAUUUUUAUUGUGAAAAUAUGUAAAAUCCUCAUAUUUUUAUAUUAAUUACACAAAAAGUUGUCUUUUGCUUUAUUUUUCUUCAACUUGAAUUAAAGGUAAAAAGCAAACUUAGUUGUCAUGUUUACUCAAAGCCUGUCUACUCUGUAACACACUGUUGGUUGAUUAGGAUGUGUGUGUGUUGUAUAAUUUGUGGCACAAAAUUUUAAAUAUAAUUCUGGAAAAGUUAUAAUUACAACUGGUAUAGUCAUAUUACAAAAGAUAGUUGGGAAUUCUUUUUAAGUGAUGUUGACUUUGGAAAACUGUUGUGGAAUCUUGCUAAAAUAAAUAUAUAUGCAUAGUUAUUCACACUUCAAAAUUAUAAGAAUAAAAGAAAUUAGCUGUGCUUGUAAAAAUCAUUAGUCUUAUACUACCAUAGUUUGGCAGGUUGAAAAACUUGUAUCAAUUCCUCAUAGAUUUUAUAAGAUACUCUUUUCUUUUUUUGCAUAUCUUCAAUGGCAGCAUAUAACAUUGACUCUAGUAUGAAUCAUCUGGAUCGUUACAUUCCUCUGAUUCUAUCCUCUGGAUCUGAAGUAGCUGGUUAGGCUGUUAUUGAAGACUGCUAUUUAUAAAUGCAUGAUCGGAUGUGGUCGUCUUGCCGGCAUGAGCCAUUAUUUCAAAUGUAAAAUUUUGAAUAAAUAAAACAAAGAAGAAAUAAUUUUAGUUAUUGUUUCUUAUUUUAUGAUUUUCAAUGGCUCUUUAACUUCUUCCAAGUAGAAGAUUACAUUCUUUUCAUGUUUGAAUUAACUAUAAAAAAAAAAGCCUCCCACUUUGCUCUCUAUAGAAAAUAUAUAUAUAUACUGUCUAUCCAGUUUGUCCCUGCAUUAAUCGCAAUAACUAAAUUUCUAGUGCUGCUACUGGAAAUUUUAUUAUUUAUAACGUAAAUUAGUUUUCAUUUUCUCAUAGAUCUACAUAUUUGUAUUUACCCUUUUCAUGAAUCCCUCUCCUUAUUUCAUGAUUAUCUUCAUCUACAUAAUAAACCCUAUUUUGCUGUCACUUUUUAAUACUCUGUCAGUACAUUCUGUUCAUAUUUUGGACUUGGACCUUUAUAAAUUUAAAAGUUUGGCUCCAUUUAAUAGCAAGGAUUUUUGGAUCAGAAACUUUGCUGUUGAAUAUUUAGCAGAAUGCCUCAUGUCCUUCAAUGUGGUAAAUGCUAUUAGUUAGAAGAAAUGAAAUUUUGAUUUUUGUCUUUAAAUUAAAAUUCUAUAAUCAUCCUUUGCUUCAAGGAUAUACACUGCUCUAUUAACACCUUUCUUUGAAUUUUAGGAUAGAAUUUUUUGGAGUUGUUAUAUAGUUUACUUUUAAGUUGUUCGUUUCUAAAUAGUUCAUGCUGGAAUUGAGAUCACUAAGCGACACUUGGCAAAGAAGACUUGAUUUGACUAAGAUUUUUUUUUUUCUUCCACUUAGGUUCUAUAUUCAAUGUAUGUAAUAGUUUAUGUAUAAAACCUGUUAGAAAUAAGUGUUAUUAUUCAAUACUUGAAAGUUAGAACAAUCAUGAUUUUAAAAAAAUAAAAUUCACUAUUACAAUCUCUAAACUAUAUCAAAUAUUAAUGCCUUAAAACUUUGAAUUCAAUAUUUCAUUGCAUAAAGCUUUGAUUCAUUGAUUUCAACGCAAUAAUAAAUUUCCACUUUCUCAGUCGCAUUUCAUAUGAUUAUCCAUUUCUCAGAAGUAUUAUACUUGUUGAUUUUCAAGCUCAGCCAUCUACCAAACCUCAUUAUCCAUUUAUGCAUGUUUUUAUUUUUGGCAACUUAACAUGAACAAUUCAAAUAAGAUCAUCGAAAUAUACAAAAUUCUUAUCUCUGGAAAAAAAAAAUAAUAAUAAUAAUAAUAAUAAAUGGUAUUGAAAUCCUUUUCUAAUUCAGUAUUGUUCCUAAAAUUUUUCUUGAUUCUCUCAGUUAUUUUUACAUUUUGUUUCCUUCAAAUCUUUUCACAAAUAUUAAAACCAUUGUCAAUGAGUAAAUAUUCUGAAAAUAUGCUUUGCAUUAUUGAAGUUCUACCUUUCAGCAAAUGACAAGUAUUUACAGUAGAUGAUAUUAUGUAAAUUGGAGCAGAUAAAGUAAAUCUACUUCUUUCUGCAAAUACAGUUCCAUUGUAUAUUAUUUAUAUGGCCAAAACCCUGUUGAUGGUUUCUAUUUAGUCAAUGAUUUGGAUUGUAUUUUUAUAAAGUUAUUUCUUCAAGGAUUUAUUUUGGGGUUUGAGAUUACUUGUCAAAAGAAGUGCACCUUAUUUUGCUAUGUCUUCUACGUGUGUGUGUGUAUGUAUGCAUAUGUAUAUAACUAGUUGGAGAUUUCAUUUGAAAUGGAAAGAACCACAAAGUCAGGUACUUGAUAUGUUAAUUAGAGGGUAUAUUAAUUUAGUGACUCUUACAGGACUAGUACUGCUACAUUCUUGAUGAAUUCCCCAAAAAUGUAACAAUUUUGUAUGAGUUAAAAAAAAUAUAUACGUAUAAUAUAGGAAGGAUUUUUCCACAUUAAUAGGUGGCCAUCAAUUAUGUUUAUACUUCAAUUCUACAAGCAACUUCAAAUUGAAAGCUAAAAGGUGGUGAGGUGAGUGGUCAGUAUUUAAUCUAGUCAACAAUUUGCUGCUGAAAUUAUAACCUGGUAUCUAAUGGUCUUUUUAAAUUGCCUAGAUUGUGUAUAUAUUGUCUUCACCCCUGGGUUUUGUUCAAGCAUCUGUCAUAUAAAGUAUUUCUUUGACUUGAUUACAAAAUUCUAAAUAUUAUUGGACCUUUACAGAGGUUUCACUUGUGAGUCUACAUAUCAAAUAUGGCUAUUGUCUAAUUUCGUACACUAUUUAUCUUCCAGAUGAACACUGAACAAGUAUGGUUUAUGUGAAAUUAAUUGUACUAUAAUAAACAUAACACCAUAGAUGUUUGAAAGGAAUCUUUAUAUAAGACUAAAAUUAAUAUUCGGCUUACAGAAUAUUAUUGUAGAAGCUAGAUAUUCUAAGUAUAUAGAUUUCCUGUGUUUAGAAGAGCAAUGAAAAAGGGUAAAUUGAUUGGAAUUGGUUUAAAAAUUCACUCCAUUAUGUCUCUCUAACUGAAACUUUAUUGCAAGUUUACAACAAAUCCAUGUUUUAACCCUUUUUCAUGAGCUAAUUGAAACACACUGAUGGUGCUUCAUUUUGAAUAUAAUCAACAAUUGAGAGGAUUUCAGUGAAAUAAUUUUGUCAUUUUAACUUGGUGUUUCAAAAACAACAAAAGGUUCUUACAUAAAAUUAUAAUUGGAGGUUUUAAUUUAAGCAUAAAUACUUACGGUUUGGUAUUAAGAGGAUAAAAGUUGAAUUUUUUCCCCUCCUUUGUGUAAUCCAACUUUUAUUGAUCUUGUUCUAGCAAGACAUUGUCAUGUGGUUCUAAUCUUGUCAGAUCUAGUGGUUUUUAUUGUAUUUUAGCUAAUCCAAAAGGAAGUAUUAAUGUGUAUUUUUAUUACAAAAUUAUUUUUCAUAAAAAUUUGCUUCAUAUUUUGUAAAUUAACAGAUGUGAUGCUUCUUUAAAGGUUUCAUAUUACAGAGAUAUAUAAAUAUUCAAUAUCAUUAAUAUUUAACAAAUUUUUCAUACUGUUAUCUUAAUCUUUUCUACUUGAUUGAUAUUUCAUCUGGUUAAGUAUCCAUAAGUAUGAGUUGCAAUGUGACUAGAGCUAGUGAGUCUAACAAAACCCAUACCUCCCAACAUACUCAUAAUUUAAACGCAGCAAUUAUUGAAAUGCUUUUGUAGUUCUUUCACUGCUUAAAGUAGUGAGCUGUAUCAAGCUAUUUAGUGGUGAGAAUACAAUAUUUUUACUAUGACCACAGUGAAAUGAUAUAAACUACUUGGUCAAACGCAACUCCUGAACCCAACAAAUUUACACCCACACUUGUUUUUACUUAAAUUUUAUCCCUUUUUAAGGACAUAUAUUUCUCCAUGUAUUCUUUGGUAUUUACACAUCGAAUUUAUUCAGUUAAUUUCAUAAAAUAUUCAGAAUUAUGAAGAGGCAUAUAAACACAUGUAAAAUAAUCCAUGCCAUCCAACUAAAUAUUUCUUAGGAUACCUUGAUUUCUAACUUUCAUUUUUAAUUUUAGAGUUUGCAAUAUCUGAAAUUUCAAAUACUCAUUAAAUAGAUCAACAUGUCACAUAUUACCUUAUUUUUAACAUGAAAGUGUGCGAUACAUCAUUGUUUGAAUAUUCUUUACUAGUGAUAUUGAUCCAUGGCAGGUUAAACCUGUUGACUUUAGUAGGGAUAUUCAUCUUCCAGGGGGAGAAAGGAUUCCUACUGCCUUUGCUAGUCCCAUGAGGAAAUUUGAGAUCAUUGCAAGCUAACAAAACACUAGCCAAUUAUAAAGUACCCUUGUUGCUAACAAUAAUGAACUAUUCUCACCACCCACUAUGAAAGGACAACUGAAUUGGCUCACUUUGAGUCUACUGACCUUUUCAGAUGCACAGCACUAGUGACUAAACAAAAGAUGUUGAUCUUUCUAUUAGUAAGCCAGCAUCAUGCCAAACUCCUCUAUCUAUGACUCUUAUUAAUAUAUUAACUUUGAAUAAAUUAUUUGUAUACAAGACAUUAAUUUGUCUGAAAUUUAUAUAAAUUUCUGACUUGGCAUUGUUUCUGCUGUGAUUUAGUCACAUUCUACAAAGCUGUGGUUUGUUCUUUCUCAUCAAACAUUUAAAUAAAUUUGAAUGUUUUAUUUCAAUAACUCAAUAUAUUUGAAUUGACUGCCAUAUGAUUUACUGAAAGUGUUUGUAAAUUUGAAUUUUUCAACGAAUCCUGUCAAGAUUAAGUAGUAACUUUGUAGUGAAAAGUAAACAAAAUAAAACUCUCUUGAAAGUGGUUUUAUUAUCUUGAUAAUUUCUUGACAAGAGAGCACCAGUAAUUUAAGCAAGUACUAUCGAAUUGUCUUGCUCAAAGUAUAUGACUUCCACUAACUCAUAACCCAACCAAGUUAUGUAUUGUUCAUUUGAUGAAUGCAUUUCCCCCAAACUUAACUGAUAUUCAUAAGAAUUGUUUUUGAUACUUAAAACUGGGUGGAUAUAAAAACAAUUUUUUUAAUAUAUUGAAAUAAACUCCACGAACAAAACAUGACAAAUUUUAACUUAGCAAUGCAAUUAAGAGGCCAUUAACUCUUAGCAAACUCUGAGUAGCCACACAUUUUGUUCAAGUCCGCAUUCUAUACAAAUAUUAACAUAUUUUGCCUAUUUUUGUUGACUAUCAUUUUUGAAUUUUGAAAAUAUUGCCAAAUCUGGCUAUUUAAAGGUACUUUUAAAUGGAUGAAAUAAAUGGAAAAAUUGUGAUAGUAACUUGUAAGCUGAGGCAAGGAAUUUAUUUGAUAUCAAUAUAUUUCAAUAACUAAUUAAUGUAAAAGUAUUUUCAGAGUAAAGUGGAUAAAUUUUUGGAAUUGCAAGCAUAAGUUUGUACACUUAAGAUGUCUUGUAAUAUUUGCACCAAUUGUAUACUGGUAUUUUGUAUGAUGGGGCUUAAGCAGAAAUUAAUUACAGCAAUUUAUAUGCCUUGUUAUAAAUUUAAUAAAAUUAUUGAGUCAUG